AUGUACAGUGCAGCUGCGCGACCUCGGAGGAAGGUCGUCGUCAUUCCCAUGGAGGAAAAGAAAGAUCAUUCCUCUUCUCCUGUUAUGUCUGCAGAAGACUCCGAGAAGCGCAUCACGCUCCCGCGGGAGUCGGCCCUCCGCCAGCUGUCGAAGCCGGAGGUGGUGUCUCUCCACCGGAGCCUGCGUUUUCUGCCUGCGUCUGUGCCGAGAGACGGCGACUACUGCGACGCCCUCGUGGCGCGCACCGUUCGCCUCUGUCCAUCUCUGCUGCCCAUUGAAAUCCGCUCCAUCGGCCGCACCCUCGUUUUCGCGCUGCCGGCUUCAUAUCUUCGGGCUCUUCCCGUUUCUGCCGCUAGCGGCGACUUCGCAGGCGCCGCCAACCAGCCACAGGGGGGGGCGGGCGACGGCGGCCCCGAGGGGCUCAAGGCGGCGACGCUGCCGCAGAGACGCCGACGCAGAGGCGCCAGUUACGAGGCGCUUUGUGUGUCGCCUGCGCAGCGCGAGCUCCUUGCAGACGUUCUGCGGCACCUAUCCAAGGCGUUCGUAGACUUGCACUUGCCUCUGAAGAAGAGAAAAACGCCCGACCUCCCCGCCGCGCCCUGCGCCGCGGAUGCCUCCGCCUCGGAGCCUUCGGCUGGUGGUGAAGGAGAGCCUUCGCUGCAGGCGGGCACUGUCUCCGCCUCUGGGCCUCGGUCGGCGGUCGCGCAGGGCGAGGCGACGAGCCGCGAGAUUCGGGAAGUGGCGGUGUGUCUCUCGGAUUUUCACUUUCUGUUUCAGACCCAGCGCGACGCAGGCGUCCUCGAGGCGCUCUUCAAGCGACUGGGCGACUACCUGACGCUGCAUGGCCUGCACACGCUGAACGGGAAGACGGCAAGCCUGGUGCUGAAUGCAUUCGUCCUUUGCAACCAGCGCCACGACCACCUCUUUCAGCAGAUUGCGCAGCGGCUGCCGCGGCUCGCGCCCGACAUGCAGCCGAAAGACCUCGCGCUGACUGCGAACGCCCUCGCGCGCGCCGACGUGCGCUUCCUCCCAGGUUUCACAGCGCUCGCGAGCCGCGCCAAGGCGACGCUCGACGCGUUCGGGCCGCAGGACUUCUCCAACUUCCUCAACGCCUUCGGAAAACUCGAAAUCCUCGACGUCGAACUGUUCAAUCAGGCAGCGCCCAAAAUCUCGGCAAGCAUCCGAUUUUACAAUCCGCAGCAUCUCUCCAACGUGGCGCACGCGUACAGCAAGGUGUCUGUGCAGAAUCCCGAGCUGUUUGACCGGGUCGCGGAGAUGACGCGUCGCUCUAUUCAGAAUUUUUCGAACAAGGAGCUCGCGAAUCUCGCCCUAGCCUUCGCGAAGCAGGACGUGCGCCACAAGGGCCUCCUCGUCUCGCUGGCGGACGAGGUCCUUUUCCGGGGGACGGCGGGCCUUGCAUUCGGCUCCAAAUUUCACUUCGAUCUCAUUUCGCUUCAGCAGCUCUCGGCGGCCUUUGCGCGGCUCGGCCUCCACGACCCCCGGCUCUUCUUCGUGCUCACACGCCUCGCCAAGGACGGCGUCCGCAAGGCGCUUCUUUACCGGCAGUUCCCUGGCGACGCCAGCGAGAACGCAGACGCGACGGCCUCGGCGUCGGCCUCAGCCUCGGCGUCCGGGUCGGCGGUUGUGGUGAAAAAGGCUCCGCACAUGAGCGCGAAGUGGCGCCGGGAGUACGAGGCGCUUCGCGCGUCGUUCGCGUUGAACGGUCAGGUCUUUGCGUCACUGCUGCUGGCGCUGGGGAAGGCAGCGAGUUCGCAGAAUGCAGUGACCUGUGACCAGUCUCUGAAUGCGGUCUUCGCGUCGGCGAUCCUGCGUCUGGAGCGCAACUUCUCCGCCUUUGCGCUCUCGCAGAUCGCGCGGGGCUGCUACUUGGUGGGCAUCCGCGACGGGCGCGUGCGGCAGUUGCUUGUGCGCGAGGCGCUACCGCGCCUGGCGCAGUUUCCGCCGAGUGCGCUGGUGUACCUGCUGAGCAGCUUCGCGAACCUGCAGCUGUACUGCGCGGGACUCUUCCGGCAGGCGCUGCAGGUCUGCCGCCUCCACCUGGCCUCGUACAACGCGCGCGAGGUCGCGUCGCUCGUCAUUGCGCUGGAGAAGCUUGGCUACCGCCAGAAGGCCUUCCUCCUGAAGGCCGCGAAAGUCCUGCACAAGAAGCGAUACGACCUGUCGCCCAGCUUCCUCUGCGGCGCGGUCAAUGCCUUCGCGAAACUGGCCCUGGAUGACGCCCUGCUCUACGCCGACCUAUUCAAAGAUAUCUUCGAAAAACAGCAUCUGCUGUCCCCGUCCGAGGCCCUCUCUGCGCUGUACGCGGUCCUCCUUGUUGACUCGCGGCGCGCAGACCUCGCCGCCCUGCAGGGCGGCCAGACGCUCGCCAGACGCGACAGAGAGGAGCUCGAGGAACCUGAGAUACAGGAGGGCGAGCUAGAAGCGGCGGAACGAGAGGAAGCUGCAGAGGAAGGCCAGCGCCGACUCGCGCCUCGCGCUCGUAACGCAGGUGCGCCAGCCGAAAACGCGGCUGCGAGCGCGCCUCAGGACUUCGCAUCGAGGGAGACUGCAUCAUCAGGGGCGUGCGAAUCCGCGCCGACAGAGGCCAGCGGCGUGGCGGAAGGUUCGCCCUCAGCCCUCGUCGGUCGCGGCGAGGCCUCUGUCGCAGGGUCCUUUCUCGGUGCGCAGCCCUCGCUGGUGGAGUCGCUUCUGCGCGUGGCGUACCGGGCGCAGACGAACUUGCAGGCGGGCUGUGUCACGCGGCUGCAGAUCGCCGACCUCUACAUGCGACUGCUGCGGCCUGAGACGUACGAGGCGCUGCCCUUCGAUCUGAAAGCCUUCCUCGCCCGGGUGCGCGCAGUCGACCUCGCGCAGACAGACUGCUUCGCGCUGUCCUCCAAGAUGCAUCGCGACGUCUCCGCGGCAUUUCUGCGCGUUGGGUUGCUUCACCGGAGCGAAGUGCAGCUGGGCCCGUUCUGCCUGGACAUCGUGCUGGGCGAGCGCCUCGCUGUCGAAGUCGAUGGACCCUCGCACUUUUACCGCGAAACCUGCAUGCGCGUGGCCUCCUCGCGGCUGAAGCAGAAGCUCCUUCGCGAAAUCGGCUGGACUCUUCUGCCCAUCUCCUUCUUCGAGUGGCGACAGCUCGUCACGCCCGAGCGGAAACUCGCCUACUGCGCGCAGUUCUGGCGACCCGUCCUCGCCCAAAUGGAGCGGACGUGCCGGGCGCAGGCGACACCAGAGACCGCGACGGAGACAGGGGUGCGCCUCCGCGAGAUCGUCGCCGCUGCAGGCGCGGCUGGCGCGCGCGACCAAAUGGGGAGCGUCGCAUGUCGCAAGCCGAGUCUCAGCGACUUCCUCUGGCUGAUGGAGCAGCAGGGUGCCACAGUCACUCGCGCACACCUCGCGGAGGCGAUGAAGCGCUUCCAGCAGAGGCUCCUCGCGCCGACCGCGGCCGCCCGCGCCUCCUGCGCGCUCGCCAUGUGGGACGCCGAAGCGGCUUCCAUCAAACUGCUUUCUUCCCCGGCGGCGGCGGCCUCCGGGGCUAAUCUGCUUCCCCCAAGCGACGCACAAGACGAGAAGGAGUUCUGGCGAACCAUGAAGGGCCGUCUAGCGACGAAGCUGCCGCGCGCCGGCGGGAGACCAGGGAGGGGGGGAGCGACUACGACAGGCCGUGCCCCCACGGCGGGCGCUGGCGCGGAAACUGGGGAGAGAGCGCUGCUGCACGCGAAGCGCAGAGGCGAACGCAGAUUUCGCGAGGACGACACGACGGUCUUUCACUUUUUGAAGGAGCCGCAGGGGGGAGGGCCCGCGCAGGGAGCUCCACGCGAGCCAGGAGCAGAAGGCGACGACCGCGACGUGCCACACAACCCGCGCGCCGUGACGAGAGUCGUGAAGCCCUCCAGCCUAAACAGGCUUCUUUCUUCGACGGACAGCUCAUAG